AUGUCACGCACCCGUGAAUCUCCCAUACAAUCUCCUACCACCUCUGAUGGUGCAUGGAAAGUCGACACACCCUUCGGCCCCCCAGAAUUUCCACGCUCCUUCCCCGGUGGAAUCCGACGCCUACGAAACACAUUAUCAAAACUUUCACCAGCUGCCAUGGCCGAGAAAGAAAUCCUCCGCAAAAAGAAUCAAUAUAAAAUCCCCCUGACGCACAGGAAUGUGGACACCUUCGUUACCAACCAAGAAUGCAAUGAUAUAGCUCGACCCAAUCAACACUCGCCAGAGGUCCAGGUGGUCGAAUGGCUUGAACAUGUUUCUUGA